AUCUAGGAGCCGCCACCGACCGGCCGCGUAGUCCUCGCCGUCACAGUUCCAUUCCACACCUACCGCUCCAGGAAAGAGUAGCUCGACGAGCAACCGAAUCCAUGGCGACGGCGCCGUGUCCUCUCCCUCACAGGUGUCUGUUCCUCCUCCACCUGGCCCUCCUCGCGUUCCUCUUGGCUGCGGCCCCGGCGGCCGAUGCGUGGACGGGGGAGAUCCGCGGCCGCGUUGUCUGUGACGUCUGCGCUGACUCUGCCAUCGGGCCGGAGGACCACAUCCUCGAAGGUGCCGAAGUUGCUGUCCUGUGCAUUACGAAAUCUGGUGAGGUCAUCAACUACCAGGCAUUCACAAACUCCAAGGGUAUCUAUAGUAUUGCAGAGACGAUGCCGGAGAGCGACCGGUGGGAGUCAUGCUUGGCAAGGCCCAUCAGCAGCUUCCACCACCAUUGCACCAGGAGGGGCGAUGCACACUCUGGGGUCAAGUUCACAUACAACAAACAGUCAGGGAACUCGCACAACGUCAAGACAUUCCUCUACAAGCCUGUGAAUGUUCCUCUCUACUGUAGCUAAAUGA